AGUCUUGCCGGUGGUCCAACCAAUCAGAACAGUAAAUAAAAUGGCUGCUGCUUUUUCAAGACUGCAGCAAGAACUGUGUCAUUGAGUUGGAUUACUGGAAAUUUGGUGAUAUUUAUCCAAUUUCAUGUUGUUGUUUUGUGUUAAAAAGUGAAAAUGGAGUUCGAUGAAAUAGUUGUAAAGGAGAGUCCCGGUCUAUGCCGGUGUUGUCUCUCUGAAGGAUGUUACAAAGAUAUGGGGACCGAAUACACUUGGAUGAAUGAGAAUGAAGUAUACGCUGAUAUGCUGUUAGAAUGCUUUGAUAUAGGCAUCUCUCAGCACUCAGACGGCCCAAAUGGCCCCAACCGGUUGAUAUGUGAAGUGUGCAUCACAAGGCUCCGGGAUGCGUGCAACUUCAAGAAGCAAGUCCUGGAGUCAGAGAAGAAGUUCAUUGAUAUGAUUGGCAGGGGCGAGUUUGCACCCAAGGUACUCAUCUACCAGUCUCAGCUGAAGGCGGAGGCAGAAGACACCACACUCAAUGAACCCGAAUAUCUUGAUGAUGAUAUGGAUUUUGAUGAUGAUGAACCCCUGAAGCCUCCUGAAGAGCCAUCAGUCUCCGACAUCACAGUGUCAACCUUGCCUGUCAAGAACAAGCGUGGCAGGCCAAAGAAGACUGUGGUCAAGACAGAGAAGAAAGCUAAAGUCGCCAAGAUGGAGGAGAAAGCGAAGUCAUCCAAAACCCUCGUUAAAGAUGAAAACGCGCCCGCUCGUAAAGAAGGCCUCACAUCAGAACGCAGGAGGAAAAAUUUACAAAUAUUAUUCAACAACACAACAAUCAUUCCGUUCAAAUGGCGGAGCAACUUUGUAUGUUUCUACUGUGCUAAGACUUACAAAGAUUAUAUAGAGUUCAGAAAACACACAAAAUUUCAUGGACAAUGUACAACGAAGGAUUACUCGUUAAAAGCUGUCUCUGGCAAUCAUAUUGAAAUUAAAAUUGACGUUUCUGAAAUUAACUGCAGUAUAUGCGAUGAAUCGUGUAUUAAUCUAAAUGAAGUUAUAAAACAUCUUAUUAGUAAGCAUGAUAUGAAAUACGAUACCUCUGUGGAGAUUCCGUAUCAAGCGUAUAAACUAGUAGAUUUGCAAUGUUUGUAUUGUGAUGAAAAGUUUUCGUAUUUCGGUUACUUGAUACAUCACGUUAAUAUUUCACAUCCUAAAUACAAUCUCGUUUGCGUAGAGUGUGGAGCUAGUUUUAAUAAAAAGAAUUAUCUCAUGCUUCACGUGAGAAGUGUACAUCGUAAAGAUGGUUACAGCUGUGACCAAUGUCAAAUGAAAUUUAGCACUUACCAUUUGCUACGGAGUCAUCGGAACACCGUGCAUUUCUUGAAAUGUAAAAAUUGCGAUCUCCAUUUCGACUCGCGGAUUCUUUUACAGAGGCACAUUCUAGCGGACCAUCCCGAUGAUGUUGAUGUUAAAUGUGUCUUUUGUGGUAGGAUAUGUCGUAACACUGACGGCCUAGCUACACAUAUAAGAAAAUGUAAAGUUAAACUUGAAAAUCUAAAACUAGACAAUUCUCCUCAUCUGAAUAACAAAACCGUGAUUUUAACACCAAAGAAAAAUAACAAUCUAGUGAAAAUUAGGCAAAAUGUUCAAAGCGUUUUAAAUAUGUCCACGGCAGUGCCGUUUUGUUUCUUUAAUAGAUUUUCAUGCUUUUAUUGUUCAAAGAAAUUUACCGAAUUUGAUACCUUGAAAGAGCACACCAACUCGGAGCAUACCAUCUGUGAUAGUAAAUCGAAGUCUAUGAUGAGAUUCAAGGGGAAAAAUCUAACCGUUAAAAUAGAUAUAAGCUCUCUGUCUUGUAAACUGUGUUCGCUUUCCAUGUCAGGAUUGGAAAUGUUGAUUGACCAUUUGAUAGCGGAACAUGCAGUCGACUAUGAUAAAUCGCUCCCUUGUUGCUUAGAGCCGUACAAGAUAUAUAAAGAAGGCGUCGCUUGUCCUCUGUGCCCUGAACAAAUUUUCAGUUUCUUUGGAAGUCUGCUAAAACACAUGAACAAUUCGCAUAAUGACAAUAAAAUAAUAUGCAUAUUUUGUGGAUUGUCAUUUAGAACAGAAACGAACAUGCGAUCGCAUGUAUCUCGACUUCAUAAACGUGACGGGUACAAAUGUACGAUCUGUAAUCUAGAAUUUAAUUCUAGAGAUUCCUUGCAGUCACACUCUGGUAACGCUCACGGGACAAAGAUAUCCAAAUGUCCAGAGUGCCCAGAGGCGUUCUCUUCCAAAAAUAUAAUGAGAAGACAUCUUAUAGACGCGCACGGCACAGGACAGAAGUGCCAGCAUUGCGGGAAACUAUUUCCGAAAAAAUGCCUAAUGCUCGAUCACGUGCGCAGCACGCAUUUGAAAGAGAAGAAUGUACAAUGCAAUAUGUGUCAACAGAAGUUCUUCAAUGGACGCCUUCUGAAAAAGCACCUAGUAAAACAUUUCGGGGAAAGAAACUUCCACUGCGACAUUUGCGGCAAGCAAUUUCUUUGGAAGAAGAACCUCAGCAAGAAACAUUUAUUUUCAGAUGAAUACCCACCUGGCCCUUACGAUGGCUGCGCGUCUGAACGCAGAAGGAAAAACUUAAGAAUCCUCUUCAACAACACUACUAUUAUCCCGUUCAAAUGGCGGGGCAAGUUCCUCUGCUUCUACUGCGCCAAAAGCUAUUCAGAGUACCCCGAAUUCAGAAAGCACACCAAGUCUCACGGACCGUGCACUACAAAGGAUUAUGCCUUGAAAGUUAUAAAAGGCAAUCACAUAGAAAUUAAGGUAGACGUUUCGGAGAUAACAUGCGAUAUUUGUAAUGAACCAUUUGGGAAUAUGUCUGAGAUAGUCGAUCAUCUUGUCGGUAAGCAUAACAUGGAGUACGACAAGUCUGUAGACAUACCGUUUCAAGCGUACAGAUUGAUCGAUUUCAAGUGUUUGUGCUGCGAUCAACAAUUCUCUUAUUUCGGAAGCUUGGUCAGUCAUGUCAAUAUAAUGCAUCCUCAGAAUAGUUUCAUCUGUGACGACUGCGGCGCUACUUUUAAUAAAAAGAGGGACUUGGCUGUGCAUAUGAGGAAUCUCCACCGGCAGGGCGGAUACCCUUGUGAUCAGUGUACGGAGAACUUCGAUACUUAUUACUCGCUCCGUACUCAUCAAAAUACUGCGCAUUUUAGAAAGUGUAAAAAUUGCAGUUUGCAUUUCCUUUCGCCUGCUCUUUUGCAAAAGCAUAUGAAAGCCGAACACCCUGAAGAUGGGAAUGUUAAGUGUUCGUUUUGCGGUAAAGAGUGUCACUCGACUAAUGGUCUGGCACAGCACACGGCCCGGUGUAAGGUCAAGCUGAUCGCACAGCCAGACGAGCCGCCACCGCCUGUCUUCGACUCCUUCCCCUCGGGUGUCGGCUCGAAACCCAAGAAGAAACAGAACAUUUUACAGAUCAGGCAAAAUAUUCAGUGCGUUCUCAACAUGUCCACUGCUAUCCCAUUCAAAUUUUUCUCCAAAUUCUCCUGCUUCUACUGCUCUAAAAAGUUCACGGAAUACGAGGAAUUGAAAGAGCAUACUAUAUUGGAGCACCCCGUUUGCGAACUUAAAUCUAAAUGCAUGAAGAAAUGUAAAGGCGAAAGGAUCACUGUUAAAAUUGACAUAGCGUGCUUGUCUUGUAAGAUUUGUUCGCAGCCAAUGUCAGAACUGGACGUCCUCAUAGACCAUUUGAUAGUAGAGCAUAAGGCUAACUACGACAAAUCUUUUACUCGUUGCUUCGAGCCGUUCAAGAUAAUCAAAGAUAGUCUGCCGUGUCCGGUUUGUCCCGAACGUGUGUUCAGAUAUUUCGCGACCCUGUUGAAACAUUUGAACGCUGAGCACAGUAAUAACAAUAGGAUAUGCGACUUCUGCGGCCGCUGUUUCCGAAACGUGGCCAAUCUCAAAGUUCACAUCUCGUACGCGCAUACUGGUUGUUGCGAAUGCACUAUUUGCGGAGCGAAGUAUAAAAACCAGUGGUGUCUAGCCCGCCACAGGGCUAAGGUACACAACGCUAAAGACUACGGAUGUACGAAAUGUCCUGAGAAAUUUCCAUCGGCGUAUCACAGACAGAAGCAUAUGAUUAAAGCACACGAUAUUGGUCACAAAUGCACGUAUUGCGGUAGAAUGUUCACAAGGAACUCCUUCAUGAAAGAUCAUAUACGGAGGACCCAUUUGAGAGAGAAGAAUGUUCCGUGCUCCGUGUGUAACGAGAGGUUCUUCGAUAACUAUCUGCUGCGCAUGCACAUGGUGAAGCACGAUGGUGAGAGGAAGUUCACUUGUGACGUCUGCGGCAAGGCCUUUCUGAGGAGAAGUGCAAAAUUCAGUACACUGGAGGACAAACAUAAGAAAAUGGAAAGUGCAAGGAAACUGUUGAUUAAACGAAGAAACGUUGAGUACGUGCUGCAGUACAGCAAUGCUACGCCCUUCUUGUGGUAUAAGAGCAAGUACAGAUGUUUCUUUUGCUCUGAGCCCAUGAAAGAUCCCUCUAUACUGAGAGAGCACACUGCGACCGCUCAUCAAUUUGCCAAUAUUGAGUUAGCUGUUCACGAUAGAACAAAAAACAAUAGAAAUAAAGAUGCAGCGGUCAAAAUUGAUGUUACAGACCUCACUUGCAAUUUAUGUACAACUUCAGUCGAUACUCUUGAAGAAUUAAUACACCAUUUGAUUAUAGCUCACGACGCCGAAUACGAUCUUGAAGUUCCGAAUUGCUUGUUGCCAUUUAAAUUAGAUAAAGAUAACCUUACAUGUCCUACUUGCAAUAUGAAGUUCGUUUUCUUCGAAUAUUUACUCCGCCAUGCAAAUAAACACCAUUUGUCUCACGACUACAUUUGCGAUGUGUGUGGAACUAGUUUCCAAGGGGAGAACCAUUUGAAAAUGCACCACAGGUACUACCACAGAGAAGGCGGUUACACGUGCGACUACUGCGGAAUUAGUCUGGCGACGCUGUCUAAGAAGAUUCUCCAUGAAAAGAAUGUGCAUCAUGUCAAUCUCCCUACGUGUCCUCACUGCUCAGAGACGUUCUUGAGUCCAUACUUUAAGAAACUACAUCUAGCUAACGUCCAUAGGGUUGAGGAGGUUAUAAUAAAAUGCCCGUAUUGCCCCAAAGUGUAUCCGCAGGAGAGUAUAAUGUCACGACAUAUGAGAAGAGUACAUCUGAGAGAGAAGAACGUAGAAUGUGAAGUGUGCGGUGACAAAUUUUUCGGACCGUACGAUGUUAAGAUGCAUAUGGUCAAACACAACGGCGAGAAAAAAUUCAUAUGUUCGGUGUGCGGAAAGAAAUUUUCUAAAAAGAGUAAUUUGAAUUCUCAUUCCGUUUCGCACACGGGUGAAAAGAAGUUCGUUUGUUCGAUAUGCAACAAAGCUUUUGCGCAUCUUACGAAUUAUCGUAUUCACAUGAAGAAUCGUCACGUUGAAUUCACUGAAGAAACUGAAGGUUUGGUUGAACUGCAGGCUGAUUCUGAGUCAGUGCAACUGGAGUUUGUAGGUGAUGACCUGGAAGGGGCCGAAGUGAUUGGACAAUAUGUUCAUUAGGAAAAUGUAUGUGUUUUUCUCGAGCAUUGUAUUGAAUAGCCAAAUCCAUUGUCUUAUACUUAUUUACUAACGCCACGUAUGUGAAAAAAAAACCGACCGUAUUUUUAAAAAAAUAUGUUAGCGCAUAUCUUCGGCAUUUGUAAUCCAAAUUUGAAAAAUACUUUUUGCAAAAAUAGUAAAGCGUCCGAUUGGUUUUAUAUUUAAUUUGGCUAAGGUCGGGUCAUAAAUGUGAAAGAUAUUUCAGGGAACACUACAAAAAUCAACAGCAAGAGCUCUGUUUUUAUGCAUGUUAGGGCACAUCUCCGGUAUUUAUAAUCGGAUUUGAAAAACUCUUUGCAUUCAGAAGAGUAGAGUCCGUGUGGUGUUAUAAAAAAAUGUUUAAGUUCUGGUCAUAAAUAUGGGAGAUAUUCAAAGGAACCCCUCAAAAAUUUACAGAAUAAGCUCUGCAGUUAAGUUAAUAUGUAAAUGGUGGCCAUUAUACGCAUUUUUCUUUCUCAUUGGCUAGUAAAAACCAGUACAGUCGGCAACGUAUUAAGCUAACUUAAAUAGAGCUUAUAGAGAGAAAGAGACUAGUCGGUAUGAUUUCUUUUGUUUUUUUUUUAUUUAAUAAAAUUAUUGUAUGAUUUCCUGGGUUUUUUAAUACAUUACUGAUUUAACUCGUGAUCAGUUUAGUGGUUAAACCUGAGUAAGACAUACGAGUACACGUCCAUUCACAGUUACGUGUCCAAACAAACAAAUAUUCAAUAACGAGACGUUAAAAAAUAACUGGAAUAGGUUCUAUUUAGUAAUGGUAUCAGCAGCAAUCAUAUAUCCACAAGA